UCUCAAUAGAGAGAUUAGAGAUUUUAUUUUACUGUCCCACACAGAGUAGUGAUACGCAAGUUUUCACUGAUAAUGGUUCAAAAAAUUGACACAGAAUUGGAACACGGAAAAUCUGAAGAAAAAGAAGUUGGUGCCCUAGAAAAAGAUAAGAACAAUAAUAAUAUUAAUAAUGUAACAAAUGUUGAAUUCCAUGUUUCAAUUUCAGAACCAAAAGAACAAAAUUUGGAUCUGAAGGCUGAAACUGAAAACAAAGGAAUUGAACAAAAUCCAGUGUGUUGGAGAGAUGAGGAGGAUGUGGAAGUUAAUAUAAUUGGGAAUUCUGGUUUAAAAAGUGUGGAAGAUAAUUAUGUUGAUCUCGAUGAAACAGAGAGUUCGAGCUCGAGUUCUUUUGGUGAUACAGGAUCUGGUUUAGAUACUGGUUCUGAUUCUGCAUUUAGUGAUUCUGAUGAGGUUCAAUCGCCGGUUAGUGAGGAGUGGAAUGAGCUACGUCGAUUGAGAAAGAAAAAAGUGACUGCUCAUUGGAGGAAAUUCAUCUGUCCUAUAAUGUGGCGCUGUAAAUGGAUAGAGUUACAACUUAGGAAACUUAACUAUCAAGCACAGAAAUAUGAAAAAGAGCUUGCGGCAUAUGAUCAUAAAAAACAGCUUGAUCUUUUGAAGUAUGCAGUAGAUGGUUUUGCUGUCAAGUCAGUACCUAAAUCUGAGGGAACUCAAAAGAAUAAAGUGAUGAAGAGAAAGAAAAGAAAGAGAGUUGAAGAAUGUGAUCCAUCAUCAUAUAUGUCUAAGCAUUGUUUAUUCUCUUACUAUGAGAAUAAAGACCAUAAUCACGACGCUCCUGUGAAUGAUAUUGGUGAUGAUGUCGCGAGUAGUGAUGAUAAUGCUGGGGAGUUCAAGUUGAGUGAUAUGUGGUCUUCUGUAGAUCAACAUGAAGAUAAUGAUAAUUCCAUGAUUGAAAUCAUUGAAAAGGCUGAAGAGUUGCUGUUGCAAGUUGAGAAUUUGAAAGCUCGGAUUGAUAAUGUGAUUAAGGAAAAUCCAGGUAAGUUCUGUUCUGUAACUCAAUUGAGCAUUAUUGGGCCAUCUGAUGGAUUUAACCAUUCUGUUCAUAAUUCUGAGUUACUUUUCACUGACGAUACAUUAUCUACUUGUGUAGGGAUAGCUCGUUUCAUUGAAACAACCAAUAGGACCCAUCUUGAGGUUCCUGGAGAAAAUACCAAGGCUAAAGUUACACAAAAUCAGGCAGCUAAAGAAGAGUUGCUUGUGGAGAAAUCCAAGGGUUCAGUUGAAGAGCAGAAAUCCAUUUCUGCAGCUCAAGUUUCAGACUCUGACAUGGCCACUGAGAAUGUUGUACGCGACGUUCAUUCUAGGAAACCGUGUUCAACUUCCAAGUCACAUUUCACAAGGAGGGUAAGGAAGAAAUCUGGCCCUUAGAGUAUAGCAAGAGAUAAUUGGUUGCAUCGAAUAUACUGUGGAUGCAAUGAGUUGCAAUAUACAUCAUAAUGUGUAGAGUAUGGCUGAGUAGAUGAGUUCAUUUAUACAUUAUGUGAAUAUGCAGAGCAUGCUUUUACUUCAAGGAAAGCUUUUAUUUUUAUUUAUUAGAGAAAUCUUAUUCAAGGGAGUGUACUGUUUCUUGAUGUACUUGGGGAUUAUCACUUCAUUAACUGAAUGAAUUUUUUUUUAUUCUCCA